AUGCCUUACUGCCUCCCAGUAUGUCCCACAGCCUUGAGCCCACCCCAGUGUGUCCAGGCAGACGACUUCAUCCGAGCGAAUGCCUGCAAUAAAUUGACUGUCAUCGCCGAGCAGAUCCGGUACUUGCAGGAGCAGGCUCAGAAGGUCUUGGAUGAAGCUAACAGAGAUGCUGAUCUGCACCAUGUGGCCUGCAACCUCGUGAAGAAGCCAGGAAACAUUUAUUACAUGUACAGGCGGGAGAGUGGCCAGCGAUACUUCUCCAUCCUGUCUCCCAAGGAAUGGGGGACUAGUCCCCACGAAUUUCUUGGUGCCUAUAAGCUCCAGCAUGACAUGUCCUGGACUCCAUUUGAGGACAUUGAGAGACGAGAUGCUGAAAUAAACAUCCUGGAUAAGCUGCUGAGCCGGCAGGCAGCGCUGCCCCCGUGCACAGAGCCCAACUUCCAGGGCCUCACCAAGUGACACAAGUGACCAUACAGGACCUCCUGCGUGGGGACAUGUGGUGCUUGCGUGCUUGUCAAAGGCAGAACAAGGAAGGAGACCAAGAAACAAAAAUGCUGAUGCCGCCAGUACUUGCUCUGUGCUUUGACGAGACUAAUUUGGCAUUCAGUCUUACUGGAUUUUCUAGUAAUUGAGUAAUUUAUUUCUUUGACUUAUGCCAAGCUGUAGCAAGAGGCAGAUAAUAUCAGGUGGAGUCAAUUCCAAAAGGGCUGGGGGCAAAAAGCAAAAAUGCUUGGGGCAGAUGUGAUAAUGCUAUAAAAUAUGUGCUACCUGUCCGGCUCUGGUGUACCUCACUGUGACUGCCUGCGGCAGGUAAUGAUUUCAGGGCUGGAUUUUGCCCCAUGUUAAAAUGCCUGUAUUUAGGAAGCUCUGUGGCCUGGGAAGAGUGGUUGAAACCCCGCACGGAAAGGUCUGUUGUGACCUGAGUCUGUUGGUCUCUGUCCCAGCUGGUCUGAACCCCUGAGUCUGUCAGACAGGGUUGACCUGGAGCUCUCCUCUCUGGGAAGAGCAUCCUCAAAAGUGCCGUGCAGGCUCUAGGCGGGUGUUUCACAGUCCUCGUGCGUUCCCCUUGGCUUUGAGUGGUUCAGCUGCCAGGGUGAGACAGGAAUGGGCAGGGACACCAAAUGCCUCUAUGCCAGAGCAGUG